UAGAGUAAACAAAUAAUGGACGACGUGCUUAUCAGCAGAUUGGCAAGGUCUGAGUCAGUCUCAAGGAGAGUUAUGGACAGGCUGCCGUCAACACGGUGCGCCAGCUCCUCUCCAUCAUGGAUGUUCUGGAGAAGAAGACGACAUCUUGUCACUUUUCUGUUGUUUUUGGGAUUCGCAAACAUUUACAUGUUGAGGGUGAACCUCAAUGUAGGGAUCGUCGCCAUGAACGCCCCCUACAAAGUCACAUUGAGUAACGGCACAGUUGUUGAGAAGCAAGACUUUAACUGGAGCUCCAAGAUGCAAGGGAUAGCUCUCAGUUCCUUCUUCUACGGGUAUACCUGCACGCAGCUGCUAGGAGGCUGGUUGGGGUCAAGGUUUGGGGGAAGGACUGUGUAUGGGUUGGGCGUUCUGGUCACCGCUGUCCUGACCAUAGCCACCCCCGUCGCUGCCCGCACCAACUUCUACAUACUGGUCGCCGUCAGGAUCAUCGAGGGAGUCUUCGAGGGAGGAACGUACCCAUGCGCUCAAGCUAUCUAUGCUCAAUGGGCACCACCUCAAGAACGAGCACGUAUGACAGGUCUUACAUUUAUGGGAAUCUCCGUUGGAACUGUAUUAGGCUUACAGCUGUCAGGAGUAAUUGAUGGACUGUUGGGUUGGUCACCGAUAUUUUAUUUCACAGGUGUUGCUGGAGUGGUAUGGUCGGUGGUCUGGUUUAUAGUGGUCAAAAAUUGUCCAGACGAUGACCCCCACAUUUCCGCUGAAGAACUCAAGUACAUUAAAGAUUCCCUUGGAGAUAGUAACAAUGCUAUAAAACAUACAUCAAAGAUAAAACACCCCUGGGGCAAGAUUUUGACGUCUGUACCUCUCUGGGCAAUUAUUCUCUCAAACUUCUGCAUGACCUGGGCCCACUAUACCAUCCUCACUCUGCUUCCGAUGUUCAUGAAAGACGUAUUCAACUAUGAGACGGCAAAGGCAGGUUUUAUUACGUCAUUGCCUUACAUCGUGAUGGCUAUCACCAUGCAGUCUGCAGGCAGUCUCUCCGAUUGGCUGGCCAACAAAAAUGUUCUCUCUAAUACUACGAUUCGAAAGUUACUCAUCUGUGGACCGUUCGUGAUCCAAGCAAUAUGUUUGACGCUUGUAGGGCACCUUACAUCCAUAGUGGCCGUUAUAAUUCUCCUAAUGAUAGACGUCGGCGUUGAGUCUUUCUCCAUAACAUCUAUGUUUGUAAACUGCCUGGAGCUCGCCCCGCAACACGCUAGUGUCAUGUACGGGAUAGUCAACACGUUCGGAACCUUGGCCGGUAGUAUUAGUCCUCUCAUCACUGGCUUCAUUGUUACCGACCACACCGAGGAGCAGUGGAGGACAGUGUUCUACGUCGCAUCUGCCAUACUGUUAGUGGGGGCGCUAUUGUACGGUAUAUGUGUUGAUCACUUGUUACAUUUCCACAUUCUAGUUGUAUAUUAUGUUAUGGUGACAGACCGAGGAGCAGUGGAGGACAGUGUUCUACGUCGCAUCUGCCAUACUGUUAGUAGGGGCGCUAUUGUACGGUAUAUGUGUUGAUCACUUGUUACAUUUCCACAUUCUAGUUGUAUAUUAUGUUAUGGUGACAGACCGAGGAGCAGUGGAGGACAUUGUUCUACGUCGCAUCUGCCAUACUGUUAGUAGGGGCGCUAUUGUUCGGUAUAUGUGUUGAUCACUUGUUACAUU